AUGUUUUCGACUUUCGGCCAGCCAACGCGGAGUCCGUCUCCAGCGUUCAAUCCUUUUGCGACGAACUCUGAGAACAAAGGCAGCGCAUUCGGAAUUGAUAGUACAGGUGACUCGUCAAAGGCGAAGCGGACCAAGCGAUCAUCAGCAUUUGGCGACCAGAGCGACAGUGAAGCAAAGCGCAAGGCCAAUAAACAGUUCAAAAACAAGGAUGCCAAUCUGAGUGACGGAGGCGGCAGGAACAAGAACCGUAAAAGCGACGAAAAGAAGAAGAACAUUGAUCCGAAGAAAAACCCGUCCAGUACUGCCACCUUCUCCAGGAAGCAAGCAGGUCAAAACACGCGGGGCAAUGGAUCAACUCCUUUUGCGGCGACGCGUAACGAAUCGCGACCAACUUCAUCAUCAAGCGCCAACUCCGACGAUGAGUCUAUCCCCGAUACUUACCAUUCCGACGAUCCGCAAGCGAAAAGGGUAUACGAGCAACUGCGUAAAGAUGGCAUUCACCCUCCCCAGUGGCCUUCACAACCUGGCAAUCCCAAGAACAAGGCGGAAGUGACAAAGUUCCGCGAGAAAUACGAAACAUACCGCAAUAAGGCGCGCGCAUCUCUAACGAAGGCCGGACUGAUCGAUGACCCAGAUAAGCGCAAAACUCUUCAGGAUGCUAUCGAUUUCAAAGGCAUCUGCGAGGACAUGUGCCCUGAGUACGAGAAGAUCACUCGAAUCAAUGAAAUGGACGUUCAUCAGCCCGAAAAGAAUCCCAAGACUACAUACGCAAACACACGUCGCAUGGUCAAGAAGCUCGCUCGUUCCGCCGCUGGUCAAGAAGCGCCGUUACCCAUGGACGUUCGAUCAGUGCCGGCCCUCAAAAGGACAUUGGACUAUCUAAUUGACGACCUGUUACGUGACGACGGCAACCUACCAGUCUUGCAUGGGUUUUUAUGGGACAGAACACGCGCAAUCCGCAGAGACUUCACCUUUUUUUCGUCACUCACCCCCGACGAAAUGAAGAUUCAGGUCUAUGUUCUGGAGAACAUCGCACGAUUUCAUGUUACGGCACUUCAUCUUCUCACUCGAGACGGCAAAACACCCGAGGACUUUGUAGAGCAGCAGGAAUUAGAACAGCUUGGGAAAGCCCUCUUGUCCCUCCGUGACGCUUACGAUGAUUGCAACGAUCAGGGCAUAAGAUGUGAGAACGAGCCUGAAUUCCGGGCAUACUACCUCAUAUUCCAUGCCUACGAUUCGAACAUUAUAGAAACGUUGCAGCGUCAAUGGAAACCAGCCCUUUGGAAGGACUCCAAUGAGGUUCGUACGGCCGUCCUGCUCGUUGAGGCUCUUCAAAAUACCCAAGACUUUCACGGGCCUCUGAAGGAUGCGCCGUCAUUAGCCGCAUCAGCGGCAUAUCAAUCAUACUUCAGAAUAGUUGAGGAUCCCAAAGUUUCCUACACAAUGGCUUGCUUCGCAGAAUGUCACUUUCCCAGGCUUCGUCGCGCUAUCUUGGCCGCCAUCAACAGAGGUCUCGCUCGGCCCAGGGAGACCUCCAAGGACGUUACUGCCGCUGUCUUGAACAAGUUUCUUCGUUUCGAUACCAUUGAGCAAGCUGUUGAAUUUGCGGAGCUGCACAACAUCGAAUUUGGCCAAUGCGAUGAGGAUCCGUCCGAUGCCAGCCGCCAAUACGCGAAACUGGAUAGUCGUGGUUCUUUACCUCACCUUCGUCUUCAACACCAAUUCUCUUACUCUCUUGUUGAAAAGAAGCGUGGCUCAAAAUCGCUACCAGAACUGAUACAUCAAACAACCUACCAAAGCGCAAAUCCUCCUAAGGCUGCUGUUAAUGGUUCAUCCCAAGAAAGCCUCUUUGUUCCAGAAACACAACCUACUCCCAACAAUCCAACAAUCCCCACUGGACCCAAAGCUACAACGCCAAACCCAUUUGCAUCCUUUGGCAAGCCCAGUGAACUCGGAGGGGAUAAUAAGUCUAUCAAUGGCAACUCAGGGACUACAAUCAACGGAACGGCCUCGAUUAGGGCUUCUGGUUCGCAACAACCACCACUCCAGAAAUCCCCUUUCGUAUCUGGCUUGGCUUCGACAGCCAAGCCGCCUCCUGUCAACCCUUUCGCACCCACGCCAUCUGCACUUCCGCAAUCCUCCGUUGGCAAUGUUUCUCAUCUGCCAGCACCUACCCCUGAGCAGCCACCUGGAUCCGGAAACCGGCCAUUACCGAACCCGUUUGCCUCUUUUUUCAAGCCAUCAACCAUUUCGGAGGAGCAAGCACAGAGCAGUCCAUUCAGUCAGGUUUCUGCCUCCAGUGAGAAAAGGACGGCAACAGGAACGACCUCCACCUCUCUACCAACCACUACGACGGUCGCCUCAACAGAGAACACUUACAGCAAAGGGAUCACAGCAGACAAGCCGGAGCUCCAUCCCCCCACCAUCACCUCAGCACAAGCCGCGAAGCAACCUAGCAUCAACAUAUUUCCAACAACGCCUCAACUGUCCUCAAGUCCCUUUACAACCGUAACACAAGCUCAAAAAUCAACCACACCGAGCGACAGUAAUACCACAUCACAAUCGACGAUACCCUCGGCAGCUUUCAACCUGGACAAAACACCUACGUUAAAUGGAGAACAAGGCAAACCGGCAACGGGCAUCUUUGAUACAAAACCCCCGUCCACAUCAACACCUCAAUUCUCGUUCUCGCCGGUUGGAACCUCAUCUUUGUCCCAUCCUGCAUCCAAUGGUGAUGAUUCCCAACUUUCAACAACCCCAUUAGCUGCACAUAUAACAAAGGAGCACACUCCCCCUCCUCCUAAACCGCCAUCACCACCUCGUGACCUCUUGGGUGACUUCACCAGAUGGUUCGUAACUGGCGAUGACGGACUCAUGGACGAAUUUCAAGCAUUUAUGUUGGAUAAUAUACUACAAGGCGUUUAUCGAAAAUACGUCAAGGAGGAAGAAGCCAGGAGACAGAAGGAGGAAGAAGAGCAAGCACUGGCUGAAGCACAAAAUUUUCGCACAUACAGCUUAUCAGUCAGAUACUUCUAUCGCUGGAAAGAGAUUGCGCGUGAUCGUCGCUUGAGCCAGCUUCGUCGUAGCGGCCGAGAGCAGAUGAGAGCUUACUAUGAAGAACAGCGUGUAGCGCAAGCUAAGGCUCAACGAGAAGCUGCGCGCCAAGCUGCGCGAGAGCAGGCCGAAAUCGCCGAGUUGAAUCGACCAGAGGAGCUGAAGGACCUACUGAAACACAAGAAGCCAAGUAAGCGCCGUCAAGCAGCAGAAGAGGACGCAUUGCUUGCUUCCGGUGUUCUAUCUGGAAUCAACAACGAACAGGAAGCUGUGGCCAGGAUUGUGCGUAGAGCGCCAUCCGCCACCAGCUCCAUCUCCAGCAAACAAUCGAGCUCAUCUCUCGCAAGAAGUGGUUCAAAGACUAGAGCGCUUCGAAAACAGUUUGGUGAUCAGUCGGCCACUUUCAGACGGUCACUGCCUCCUAUUGUUUCUCGAAAUACCGAAAGUCCAGAGCCCAGUAAUCGUGUCAGCAGAGUAUCUGAACGCUGGCGACUCAAGGCUAUGGGGAUUGUGCAGCUGCCUGAUGGAACUGCUGUUCCUGAAAGGCUGGCGAACGAGAUGCAGUAUGGGAAGAAGCAGUCAACGGGUAGUAUGGGCCCGCCUCAGAGUGGCUUUAACCGCCGGGCCUCCAUAAGUGGCCUUGGCCAUCCUGAAGAACGCCAUCGACUAUCGGGGUCACACGGUACCGUCGAUACCACCGAAUCUGAUAGUUCUGCGACGAACAAAAGAAAGCGGGCCACUGACGAUGACGGCGAGUUAGCUCAAGAUGACCAGAUCAAAAUCAGCUCGCAUAAACGAGUAAUGAGCGAUGCGCAGACCCUAAUCGAAGAACUCCGUGCUAUGAGGGAGGAGAUGGAAGAGGGAGCGACUUGGUUCAAAGACCAGAAUGAUAGAAUGCAGAGUGAACUGAUCAGCAGAGGUUCGACACCCUGGGAUCAAGAUAUAUGA